CAUGAUUUUACAGUAGUCAGCCAUUCUUCGUUCGUGAUAUUCUUGAUAACCGUAGCUGAAGUUAAGUGAAGUCGUUCUUGCAAUUUGCAAUAUUCGUAUAUUUUAGGCUGAAACUGAAGUGCGCCAUGAUAACGUUCGUACAUGUAUGACUGAUGUGAUUGUAUGAGCAAACAUCCCUGACAUCGAUCGUCAUAGUGGAAGCCGUGCUCGGUUACUUCGCUAUUUAUUCUGAUUUCUGGUGAAUAAUACGGUUGUGGUUACAAAAGUUGAGUGAAAUUUAGUAAUUAUUAGUAUUAGACGAAAAUGUCUGCUCCUGACAAAGAUGAAUUGGUUCAAAGGGCAAAGCUUGCUGAACAAGCUGAGCGAUAUGAUGAUAUGGCUUCAGCUAUGAAGUCUGUUACAGAAACUGGGGUAGAACUCAGUAACGAGGAAAGAAAUCUUCUCUCUGUGGCCUAUAAAAACGUUGUUGGAGCCAGAAGAUCGUCGUGGAGGGUAAUUUCUUCAAUUGAACAAAAGACUGAAGGGUCAGAACGGAAACAGCAAAUGGCCAAGGAAUAUCGAGAAAAAGUGGAAAAAGAACUGAGAGAGAUAUGUGAUGAUGUUCUCGGCCUGCUUGAUAAGUACCUGAUUCCCAAAGCUAGUAACGCAGAAUCCAAAGUAUUUUAUCUCAAGAUGAAAGGAGAUUACUACAGGUACCUCGCAGAAGUUGCAACAGGAGAUACCAGAAAUA